AUGUCCGACUACGAGGUCAGCCUUGUGAACGACAACAUGCAAGAGUUCCAUGUUCGUUUCUACGGUCCGGCCGAGACACCGUUCUCCGGCGGCGUGUGGAAGAUCCACGUCGAGCUGCCCGACCAGUACCCAUUCAAGUCGCCCAGCAUCGGGUUCAUGAACAAGAUAUUCCAUCCCAACAUCGACGAGCUGAGUGGUUCCGUGUGUCUCGAUGUCAUUAACCAGACCUGGUCGCCCAUGUUCGAUAUGAUCAACAUCUUUGAGGUCUUCCUGCCCCAGCUGCUGCGGUACCCAAACCCCAACGAUCCCCUGAACGGCGAGGCGGCUGCUCUGUUGAUGAGACACCCCAAGGAAUACGAGGCUAAAGUGAAAGAAUAUGUCCAGAGAUACGCGACCAAAGAGGCAGCAGAUGCUGCUGACGGCAAGGAAGAUGAUGAUGAGGAUGCAGAGAUGAGCGACAUAGGCAGCAUCAGCGAUGGGGAGUGA